UGCGUGUUUCUGUGUAAAUGGACGGAGGCUAGCUGCCUUGUUUGCAGGUUGGUAGUAAUUUUGAAACUUAUGACUAUGGCGCCUUGAAGUCACAUUUCCAGAUUGCAGCUUUUUUAUACCGCCAACUGUGCAUGUCUUGUUUUUGUCUACUUUCUUAGCGUUGCAGUUCCAAGUGUUGUUGCCAUCCCAACUGCUUAUUUUUGUAUUGUUCUCUAAGUGUCCUCGGGAAGGUAGCAGCUAACGCUCGCCUUAAUAUAAAGUCCGUACGGGACAUUUUACCACUUAAGACAUUCGUGACUUCAUAUUUCCCAAAGAGGAUCACGUAGCGGUAAAUUACAAAACGAGUGGCGACAGGCUCGAGUUUUUGUCCGAGGGAAACAUGUCAGGAGCUAACAGAGGACAGGGAAGCGCGGCUAGCGAGCAUCACAACCAGGAAAAUAUGCUGUCGCGACUCAGAGGCUCGUUGAAACCCCGAGCUGCUGCAAACGACAACCAAGAAAACCUUCCCCCGAAGCAAGCCAACAACAGAACCGUCCUGGGAGCCCUGCAGAACAACCAGCUGAACAAAACCCAGAACCAGCGCGGCGCAAAGCAGGAGUCACAGGCCUUGUCAUGCAAAAAUGAAGAUUUUGGCAAAAGCUGCCAUGAUAAGCCUUCUGCCAAGCUACCCACUUUCCAGAUCCAUGUGGACGAGCCUGAUGGAGCCUGCAGCAAGAAGCCACAGCAGGUGGCCGAAGCUGUCAAAGGGAAGCCCACGAUCGAAAUCUCUCCCCUGGCCAUCAGUAAUACUGUGGCACGACUCAGACAGCCCCUGGCAACUAUUGAUAUUCCAUCAGCGAUGGAUGUCAGCUUUGAUUCCCCCAUGGACAUGUCUGUGGUUGAGGGUGAGGAAAAACCUGUCAAUGUAAACGAGGUCCUAGAAUAUGCAGCUGAAAUCCACACAUACCUGAGGGAAAUGGAGGUGAAAACCAGGCCUAAAGCAGGCUAUAUGAAGAAGCAACCAGACAUUACAAACAGCAUGAGGGCCAUCCUAGUUGAUUGGUUGGUUGAGGUUGGAGAAGAGUACAAACUCCAGAACGAGACACUUUAUCUGGCUGUCAACUACAUCGAUCGCUUCCUCUCUUCAAUGUCAGUCCUAAGGGGCAAGCUUCAGCUGGUUGGGACUGCUGCGAUGCUGCUAGCUUCAAAAUUUGAAGAGAUCUACCCUCCUGAGGUGGCGGAGUUUGUUUACAUCACAGACGACACCUACACAAAGAAGCAAGUGUUAAGAAUGGAGCAGCUGGUGCUUAAAGUGCUCUCUUUUGAUCUGGCAGCACCAACAAUACAGCAGUUUCUCACCCAGUACUUUCUCCACCAGUCCGUUAGCAAACAGGUGGAGAGUCUAGCAAUGUACCUUGGGGAGCUCAGUCUGGUUGAUUCAGAUCCCUUCUUGAAAUACCUCCCAUCACAGUCAGCUGCUGCAGCUUACAUAGUGGCCAACAACACUGUCACUGGUGGCUCAUGGCCCAAGUCCUUGGUUGAGAUUAGUGGCUACUCUCUGGAAGACCUGAUGCCGUGUGUUGAGGAUCUUCACCGAAUGUACCUUAAUGCCACUCAGCAUGCACAGCAGUCUGUCCGGGAGAAGUACAAGGGCUCCAAGUACCAUGAAGUUUCCAGCAUUCAAGCACCCACUAAAUUGCUGCUGAACUGACUCCUCCAUUCUCCUUGUCCAUGUAGUUUUGUACGCCCUGUCAGUCUUUAAUGUUUCUCUUUUUUCAUAUUGUUUUAAAAUGAAGUGUACCACAAUUCUUAAAAUAACAUGCCCUGGUCUUUUUGGACUAGCGCUGGGUGUUUAGAGGUUUUAAUAUUUUUAUAUUCUCAAUCCCACCUUCAUGCUCGACACUACUACAGUUGUCUUAAUCAAGCAGUUUUAAUGGUGUUGACCAUAUCCGACAAAAUGCAGAAGUUUUAUCACCACUCUGUAAACAUGCUGCUUGAAUCUACAGUGUCUCAAACUCCAGUAGGUCUGUAAAUGUACUCAAACCCUGACGCAAUAGAUUGUGGCCCUUUUUUUUUUUUUUUUUUUUUGCCCCAGCUUUUAGGGUGGAGUUUCCUACACUGUUGCUGGUUGACCUUUUCUCCAGCAGUCUCACCUUUUAAGUAUCUGGCCUUGUGGGAUGCAGAUUAAAGUGUAUUUUUGUCUGUCAUGGAGUCACCUGUCUAUUUUCAUUGGUCUUGGAGCAUUUUGAGGCAUCUAAUGCACUGUAAAAUAUGGCUCUUGUAAAUAAAAUUCAUUUAAACACUU